CGCGGGUAAAGAGGCCGCCUUAGCGCGGUCCGAGCGUUCAGCCGACUCUAGGCGCUUCGCUCUCUGGACUCGCCGCCUGCCCCUCCCCCGCCCGCCGCCGUCACCCGGGAAACCGGCCGCAAUCGCCGGCCGAGCUGAAGCUGGUUUCAUGGCAGCCGCGAAGAAAGCAGUUUUGGGGCCGUUGGUGGGGGCAGUGGACCAGGGCACCAGCUCAACGCGCUUUUUGGUUUUCAAUUCGAAAACAGCUGAACUCCUUAGUCAUCAUCAAGUGGAAAUAAAACAAGAGUUUCCAAGAGAGGGAUGGGUGGAACAAGAUCCUAAGGAAAUUCUUCAGUCUGUCUAUGAGUGUGUAGAGAAAACAUGCGAGAAACUUGGACAGCUGAAUAUUGAUAUUUCCAACAUAAAAGCUAUUGGUGUCAGCAACCAGAGGGAAACCACUGUGGUGUGGGACAAGUUAACUGGAGAGCCUCUCUACAAUGCUGUGGCUGCUCCAGUUUCUCCUGGCCCUUCAGUUCCAGUUGGCGUUGUUCCCUCUGGCUCUUCAGUUCCAGCUGCUGGUACUUCCUCAGUAUGGCUUGAUCUAAGAACCCAGUCUACCGUCGAGACUCUUAGUAAAAGAAUUCCAGGAAAUAAUAACUUUGUCAAGUCCAAGACAGGCCUUCCACUUAGCACUUACUUCAGUGCAGUGAAACUUCGCUGGAUCCUUGACAAUGUGAGACAAGUUCAAAAGGCUGUUGAAGAAAACAGAGCUCUUUUUGGGACCAUUGAUUCAUGGCUUAUUUGGAGUUUGACAGGAGGAGUCAAUGGAGGUGUCCAUUGUACGGAUGUAACAAAUGCAAGUAGGACGAUGCUUUUCAACAUUCAUUCCUUGGAAUGGGAUAAAGAGCUCUGCGAAUUUUUUGGAAUUCCAAUGGAAAUUCUUCCAAAUGUUCGGAGUUCUUCUGAGAUCUAUGGCCUAAUGAAAAUCUCUCAUAGCCCGAAAGCUGGGGCCUUGGAAGGUGUACCAAUAUCUGGGUGUUUGGGAGACCAGUCUGCUGCACUGGUGGGACAAAUGUGCUUCCUGGAUGGGCAAGCCAAAAACACGUAUGGAACAGGAUGUUUCUUACUGUGUAACACAGGCCGUAAGUGUGUAUUUUCUGAGCAUGGCCUUCUCACCACGGUGGCUUACAAACUUGGCAGAGACAAGCCAGUAUUUUAUGCAUUGGAAGGUUCUGUAGCUAUAGCUGGUGCUGUUAUUCGCUGGCUAAGAGACAAUCUUGGAAUUAUAAAGACCUCAGAUGAAAUUGAAAAACUUGCUAAAGAAGCAGGUACUUCUUAUGGCUGCUACUUCGUCCCAGCAUUUUCAGGAUUGUAUGCCCCUUAUUGGGAGCCCAGUGCAAGAGGGAUAAUCUGUGGACUUACUCAGUUCACCAAUAAAUGUCAUAUUGCUUUUGCUGCAUUAGAAGCUGUUUGUUUCCAAACCCGUGAGAUUUUGGAUGCCAUGAAUCGCGACUGUGGGAUUCCACUCAGUCAUUUGCAGGUAGAUGGAGGAAUGACCAGCAACAAAAUUCUUAUGCAGCUACAAGCAGAUAUUCUGUAUAUUCCAGUAGUGAAGCCUUCAAUGCCCGAAACCACCGCACUGGGCGCUGCCAUGGCAGCAGGGGCAGCAGAAGGAGUCGGCGUUUGGAGUCUAGCACCCGAGGAUCUGUCAGCUGUCACAAUGGAGCGAUUUGAACCUCAGAUCAACGCUGAGGAAAGUGAAAUUCGUUAUUCUACUUGGAAGAAAGCUGUGAGGAAGUCAAUGGGUUGGGUCACAACUCAGUCUCCAGAAAGCGGUGACCCUAGUAUCUUCUGUAGUCUGCCCUUGGGCUUUUUUAUAGUGAGUAGCAUGGUAAUGUUAAUCGGAGCAAGGUACAUCUCAGGUGUUCCAUAGAUGAUACCAACUCAUGGAUCCCCAAGAUGCGAGUUUUUUACAUAAUGAGAAAACCUUGCAAUUCUGUCUCUUAAUGUGAUAACACUAUUCAUAGACUCUGAUUUUAUUUAUAAGCCACUUGCUGCAUGACCCUCCAAGUAGACCUGUGGCUUGAAAUAAAGACAAUGCAGCAGAAAGAAUGCUAUAGAAACAUUUGGUGUGUUUUUUAACAUAGACAGUUAAGGUUGGGCUAGCCACUUUGGUUGGGGGCUGGUCCCCUCCAUUACCAUACCAUCCUGCCCCAUUCCCUCUGAGAUCUAGGAAGAAUUCAGAUCCUAUCCACUGACAUAUAUUCAAAUGCUAUUGGUCUAGGAUAUGAUUCUCUGCACUACACACACUUAAGGGGUUACUACCAACCUAUUAGAAAUAAAGGGCUUUUUAUUUGUUGGUAAACAGACUCCCAAAAGUCUUUUCUACCUAUUAGAAGCUCACAUCUUCAUUAAAUGUUUAAAUAAAAUCCUCUACUAAAUUAUUAAAAUGGAAAUUUAGUAUUCUCAUAGAUUGAAUAUUUUUCUGAAAAGUAUUUGCCAAAACAAAUUCUUCACCCAGUAUACAUGGUCUCACUAUAAUGACUUUCUAUCUGAAUCUUAUAGGAAAGGACACUUAUUUUUGUUUGUUUCCAUCUCUCUUUUUUAUAUUUUUUACUUUGUAUAACAUACAUGCCUAUAUAUUUUAUAUACUGAGGUUAGUCCAUUUACAAAGUAAGAGCACAUUAUAUUCAGUAGAUUACAGCAGGGCUGGUCUUAAGUGGACUACUAUGUAUAUAAAUAUUUUGGAGAAAGCAGUUGUAUACAUUUUGGGGCAACAGUUAUGCAUAUAAUAUACCAGGAAAAAUUUUUUCUUAAAGAGCCAACAUUUAAAUUUUAAGUAUAUAAUGUUAAUAAAAGAAAAUGUACUUUAUUGUGACUUCAACUAUAUUCCUUAUAUCUUAUAUUUUUAUUUGUCAAAAGAGAGAGAAAAACUGUAGAGUACUAUGGUAAAUAUUGUUGUCAAACAUGAGCAGUAGUCCCAAUAAAGUUAUUUGUCCUUCUAAUUAAUUUUAGACAUAUUUGAGAUCCUUUUGAGGAGAUGAGAGAAUGUCAAAUAAGUGAAAAACCUAAGUAGAAAAAAAUUUAGGAAUGAAUCCAAGAAUCUCUUUUUAUUCAAAUGUUAUCAAUUAUUAAUAAGAAUUGCUAUCUGAGAUGACAGAAUUAUCUUAGCUUAAUAUCACUUUACAACUGAAAAAGGUUUACCAUUAGAAAUGUCGUUCAAUGAAACCAAGAAUUUCUCAAAAUAUUUAAUGUCACGUUAUAUAAAGUCACCUAAUCUAACUUCCUAAUGUCAAUUUUUGAAAUAUUUUAAAAAUUAAUUUAUAGUAAACAACUAAGAAAAGAGCUUCCUAGUUAUUUUCUUCGAGAGUGCUGAAUGGGAAAGUAUUUAUAUGUUAUUAUGAAAGAUUUUGUUUUGUUUGGAAUUAAUGAUAGCUUGAUUUACUGUUCUGAUUGUGCUGUUUCUAAAUUACUGAGUCUGCUGGGUUUUAUUGAUGUAGCUGCCUCUUACAUGACAAAUAUCAUAGAAAGGUACUGUGAAAUGAUCACUUUGUGGCAGGGUACUUUUAAGCAUAAUUAUGUUUCUACAAAGGUAGGUUGAGUUCAUUGUAAAUAAUCGUGAAGAUCACUGUUCAAAUAAUUUUAAGAUUACAUUAAUUUUUCUAUGAAUUGCAAGAUUUAUAAAUGUUUGAAAUUGUACAUGUUGAUAUUUAAUGAUCAAUUUACUUAAAAUAAAUUGACCCCUCAUUCUUA